UUUACUUUGCCUCCUCCUCUUCUCGUUCCUCCUCCUGCCGGUUGCAGGGACAGUUUCAUUUAAAUGGGAUGCACAAGGCUGGAGAUGUGAUUCUGGGUGGGCUGUUUGAAAUCCACUUCUUUGCCAUGUUUCCUGACUUGUCUUUCACCUCAAAGCCACAACAGCCUACCUGCGACGGGUGAGUCUGUCAGGUCCCAUCUGUCGAUCUCUAAUUGUCACAAAUUACUUUGAUAUAUUUUAAUUGAUGUUUUUUCUUUUAUUAAACUGGCUCAUGUGCAUGUUAGCAAAGUUACCGUGUUGACUUGUUUAUUUCAGUUUUGAUGUUCUAGGAUUCAGGCAGGCUCAGACCAUGGCCUUUGCCAUUGAUGAGAUCAACAGAAACUCCAAGCUGCUGCCUAACGUGACUCUGGGAUAUAGUUUGUAUGAUAAUUGCCUCCAAUUAGGAAUUGGAUUCCGUGCAGCUUUAACAUUAGUCAGUGAAGAGCAACAAGUGGUUUUACAUGAGACCUGUGUAGGAAUGCCUCCAGUCUUAGGUAUUGUGGGUGAUUCCUCAUCUACACGUUGUAUUGCCAUCUCUUCUGUCUUAGGUUUGUACAGAGUCCCAAUGUAUAACAUUUACAAUCUGAUGAAUGAGAUUUAUAGACAGUGUUGCUUUUUACAGGUGAGCUUUUUUGCCACAUGUUCCUGCCUGAGUCAGCGAUCAAAGUUCCCAUCUUUCUUUAGGACUAUUCCAAGUGAUGCUUUUCAGGUUCGAGCUGUGAUUCAGAUUUUGAACCACUUUGGUUGGACUUGGGCAGGUCUGCUGAUCAGUGAUGAUGACUAUGGACUUUACGCUGCCCGUUCCUUUCAGUCUGACCUGGGUCAGUCUGGUGGAGGAUGUCUGGCCUAUGUAGAGGUUUUACCGUGGGGUGAAGACCCUGCUAAAAUAAGGAGGAUUGUAGAUGUGAUGAAGAAAUCCACAGCUCGUGUUGUUAUUGCAUUUGCACAUGAGAGUCACAUGAUUGACCUUAUGGAAGAGGUUGAAGUGAUGAGGCAGAACGUAACAGGCCUACAGUGGAUCGCCAGUGAAGCUUGGACAUCAGCUGCUGUGCUUCAGACCACUCGCCUCAUGCCGUAUCUGGGUGGAACACUGGGCAUCGCUAUACGUCGAGGGGAAAUUUCUGGGCUCAGAGCAUUCCUGUUACAAAUACGUCCUGACCUGCAUCACAAUAGCAGCAACGGAAACAGCUUGGUCAACCAGUUUUGGGAGUACACAUUCGAGUGUAGAUUUGCACCAGCUCCAGCAGGUUGGGUGGAGGAUGGUGGAGUACUGUGCACUGGACAGGAAGAUCUAGAGAGGGUGGAGUUCUUGGACGUUUCAGACCUUCGGCCUGAGUAUAAUGUGUAUAAGGCUGUGUAUUCUCUGGCGUAUGCCCUUCAUGACCUGCUACAGUGUGAGUCAGGACAAGGACCUUUCACUGACAACAGCUGUGGCAGUUUACAAAGACUGGAGCCUUGGCAGCUUGUGCAUUACUUGGGAAAGGUCAACUUCACCACACUAGUUGGUGAUCAGGUGUUGUUUGAUGAGAAUGGUGAUGCUUUACCAAUCUAUGAUGUCAUGAACUGGGUGUGGCUUCCUGAUGGAAGAAUUGAAGUUCAGACUGUGGAUAUAUAUUCAAAAUACGCACUCCACAUUCUUGAUCUUUUCAUAGAUUCGACAGAGUGCACCACAUGCCCAGAGGAUUUUUGGUCAAGUCCUCAACGUGACCAGUGUUUUCCUAAGAUAACUGAGUUUCUGUCAUAUCAUGAGCCUCUAGGUAUCUGCUUAACAACCACCUCAAUAUUGGGAACACUGAUCAGUGCUUUUGUCCUGGGCAUCUUCAUUUAUCAUCGCAGAACACCCAUAGUACGCGCCAACAAUUCAGAGCUCACCUUUCAGGUACUGGUGUCUCUUAAACUAUGUUUUCUCUGCUCACUCCUUUUUAUUGGCCGUCCCAAUUUGUGGACAUGUCAGCUGAGACAUGUGAUAUUUGGCAUCAGCUUUGUGAUUUGCGUUUCAUGUAUACUAGUCAAAACCAUGGUAGUUCUGGCUGCGUUCAAGGCCUCCCAGCCAGGAAGUGGAGCCAUUUUGAUGUGGUUUGGAACCAUGCAGCGGAGAGGGACAGUGCUGGUUCUUACUAGUGUUCAAGCUGGUAUCUGUGCAGCCUGGAUUGUCACAGCCUCCCCAGCGCCUCAUAAAAACACUCAAUACCACAAUGACAGAAUAGUUUAUGAGUGUGUUGUUGGAUCAACAGUGGGUUUUGCAAUGUUACUGGGAUACAUUGGUUUGCUCUCUAUACUCAGCUUCUUGUUAGCAUUUCUGGCAAGGAAUCUUCCAGACACCUUCAACGAGGCCAAACUCAUCACGUUCAGCAUGUUAAUCUUCUGUGCUGUUUGGAUCGCAUUUGUUCCCACUUAUAUCAGCUCACCAGGCAAAUAUGCAGAUGCAGUGGAGGUGUUUGCUAUUUUGGCUUCAAGCUUUGGUCUGCUGAUGGCGCUGUUUGGAGCUAAGUGUUACAUGAUUUUGCUAAAACCUAAAAGAAACACAAAAAAAGGGCUCAUCGGUCGAUACAAAAAAUAA